GACCUCACUGAACCUCUGAAAUGGGAGUGAUAAAUUUCUACUUUGCAUGGCUGUUGUGAAGAUCAAAUGAGACUCACACCCACCUCUGUCUCCUUUGGGUGGUAGCCAGGCCUUCCCAGGCUGCCUCCAAAAAUGCCUAGGGGCCUGGGGCCAUGCCUGCUCCCACCUGUCUGCUCAGGAAACCUCUGAUUUGGGUUCCUUUGGAAGCUCACGCGGAGCCGUGUGUGUAUUGGAUUUCCUGCGUGCCAGGGUCACCUGGGAGCUUUCAGAAAUUCCAAAGUAUUGGCCACACCCAGAAGGAUCAAAACAGUUUCAGCGUGAGACAUGGGCAUCGGGUGUUUUCAUGCUUCUGGAGGAUCCCAGUGGGAAGGCAUUUGGACAGGCCCACACGAACCAUAAGAAGGUGGCUGCGGAUGGCGAGAGCCGGGAAGAGAGUCUGAUCCAGGAGUCGGCCUCCAAGGAGCAGUACUAUGUGCGCAAGGUGCUGGAGCUGCAGACAGAGCUCAAGCAGCUGCGCAACGUGCUCGCCAACACACAGUCAGAGAACGAACGUCUGGCCUCAGUGGCCCAGGAGCUGAAGGAGAUCAACCAGAAUGUAGAGAUUCAGCGUGGCCGCCUGCGGGAUGACAUAAAGGAGUACAAGUUCCGGGAGGCCCGCCUGCUACAGGACUACUCAGAGCUGGAGGAGGAGAACAUCAGCCUGCAAAAGCAGGUGUCUGUGCUCAGGCAGAACCAGGUGGAGUUUGAGGGCCUCAAGCAUGAGAUCAAGCGUCUGGAGGAGGAGACCGAAUACCUCAACAGCCAGCUGGAGGAUGCCAUCCGGCUCAAGGAGAUCUCGGAGCGGCAGCUGGAGGAGGCGCUGGAGACGCUGAAGACCGAGCGGGAGCAGAAGAACAGCCUGCGCAAGGAGCUGUCGCACUACAUGAGCAUCAACGACUCCCUCUACACCAGCCACCUGCACGUCUCGCUGGACGGCCUUAAGCUCGGUGAUGACGCUGAGGCCCUGGCCAAUGGCUUUGAGCACGGUGGCCUGGCCAAGCUGCCGCUGGACAACAAGACUUCCAUGCCCACCAAGGACAGCCUCGCCCCACCCUCCCCCAGCCUCGUUUCUGACCUCCUCAGUGAGCUCAACAUCUCUGAGAUCCAGAAGCUUAAGCAGCAGCUGAUGCAGAUGGAGCGGGAGAAGGUGGGCCUGCUGGCGACGCUGCAGGACACACAGAAGCAGCUGGAGCAGGCGCGAGGAGCCCUGUCUGCGCAGCAUGCCGAGGUGAGCCGCCUCACAGAGGACCUGAGCGCGCUGCGGCGCCUGCAGGCCAGCAAGGAGCGGCGGACAGCCCUGGACAGUGAGAAGGAGCGAGACAGCCACGAGGAUGGCGACUACUACGAGGUGGACAUCAACGGGCCUGAGAUCCUGGCCUGCAAGUACCGCGGGGCCCUGGCAGAGGCUGGCGAGCUUCGGGAGCAGCUGAAGGCCCUGCGCAGUGAACACGAGGCCAGCGAGGCCCGGCACACGGAGGAGAAGGGCCGGCAUGAGGCUGAGAGCCAGGCGCUCACUGAGAAGGUCUCCCUGUUGGAGAAGGCCAGCCGCCAGGACCGCGAGCUCCUGGCCCAGCUGCAGACGGAGCUGAAGAAGGUGAGCGACGUCGCGGGUGAGACACAAGGCAGCCUGAGCGUGGCCCAGGACGAGCUGGUGACCUUCAGUGAGGAGCUGGCCAACCUCUACCACCACGUGUGCAUGUGCAACAACGAGACGCCCACCCGCGUGGUGCUGGACUACUACCGUGAGGGCCCGGCCGGCGCCGGCAGCCGCAGCCCCGAGGCCCGCGGGCGCCGCUCACCCGUGCUGCCCAAGGGGCCCCCGGCCGCAGAGGGUAGGGCCGGGGAUGGCAGCCCCUCCUCCGGCUCCUCGCUGCCCUCGCCCCUGAGCGACCCGCGCCGGGAGCCCAUGAAUAUCUACAACCUGAUCGCCAUCAUUCGUGACCAGAUCAGGCACCUGCAGGCGGCCGUGGACCGCACCACAGAGCUGUCGCGGCAGCGCCUCGCCUCGCAGGAGCUGGGCCCCGCUGCCGACAAGGACCGGGAGGCGCUCAUGGAGGAGAUCCUGAAGCUGAAGUCGCUGCUCAGCACCAAGCGGGAGCAGAUCACCACGCUGCGCACGGUGCUCAAGGCUAACAAGCAGACAGCAGAGGUGGCCCUCGCCAACCUGAAGAGCAAGUACGAGAACGAGAAGGCCAUGGUGACCGAGACCAUGAUGAAGCUGCGCAACGAGCUCAAGGCCCUCAAGGAGGACGCGGCCACCUUCUCCUCGCUGCGCGCCAUGUUCGCCACCAGGUGUGACGAGUACAUCACGCAGCUGGAUGAGAUGCAGCGGCAGCUGGCAGCUGCCGAGGACGAGAAGAAGACACUCAACUCGCUGCUGCGCAUGGCCAUCCAGCAGAAGCUGGCACUGACCCAGCGGCUGGAACUGCUCGAGCUGGACCAUGAGCAGACCCGGCGGAGCCGCGCCAAGGCUGCCCCCAAGGCCAAGUCUGGCACCCCGAGCCUGUAGAGUAGCUGCUGGGAGGACUCGGCCGCCGGCCCUGUCACACUGCAGCCCCCUCCCCUCCUCUCCCGUGGGCCCACGCAGAGGAAGGAAGGGCAGCCUAAAAGUCCACUUAGAAACGUUUUUGGAUAUGCCACUGCAAUUUUUUUUCAAAAUAGCAUUCCCCAAGUUUUUAAUGGCAGAGGAAAUAAAAGCUUUAAUGUUGAGAAUGCCGCCAGCUGCUGCUUGGAAAGGCCUUUGUACAGGCGCUGAAGAACCUGCUUGGACAGCAACCACCAGGCUUGCUUAGGAAUCCUCUAGAAACACUCACCACCGGGGUCUCCCUGUUACAGACACUCCUUUUUUACCCAGUCCACCUGUGCACUUUUGAUAUUUUGAUAUUAUAUUUGCUUCCUUAAUCCCUGGCAUAGAGACGGUCUCAGAUGCCGUAGUCUGUCUCGUGGUCCUGUAGCUCCCAACGGUGUGUUGAUCUGAUAUCAACACAUGGCACAGAUGUGUCCUCCUAGCGUGUAGCUCUAGACUGUUUAGGUGAAGGCUUCAACCUGGUAAGGAGCCCGGCUAAAUGUAUGCAGGCUGUGGUUCAGCAGCCUUUUAGAUUAUACGGCAUUGUGGUUCAUGUUUGAAAUUACAGAUUUUAAAUGCCAUGUUCAUUAAGAAAUCCAGGGUAUUCCGAUUCUGGGGUUUUUCAUAUUGUAUUAUUAUUAUUCUUAGGAAUAGUUCAAUGUAACAAGAAGAAAACUUGACCUUUGCUCUGGUUAAACAGUAAGAGGCACUUGAAAACAAAAGGAUAAAUUAUUGAAUGAGUAGUAUUACCUACAAAUUCCAGAAUUUUCUGGGUUUUAGGACAUUGUGAAGCAUGACUGAUUAACAGAAUUUUAUACAACUGUACCAGUGAAAUUCCAAAUUGGAAUUGUUUUGUUACUCUGGUUGUUGUGCCAAAUUGUGGUACACUUAGAAAAUUCUACAGUCGUCGAUUUUUAGGGUGUUCUAUUUCAACACCUUUUUGUUAGUAAUCAUUGCCAGUAGUGCCUUCAUCAGUUUAGGGAGGUGUCCCAGCAUAGUUUAUUCUCUAAAAUGGACAGUGAAGAGCUAGUUGGGAAUGUUGAAGGCCAGUGUGGACCAGUCAGUGUGGAAAGGUGCACACCUUCAAAUCUGAACCUGGGCAUCUUCAUUGAGGGAAAGAAAACAGCAAUUGUGCAAAAUUCUGUUAGUCAGUGAUUCUUUACUGUGCAGAUCCUUGCAAAUUCAGGGGCUGAGAAAAUGAAAGCGAACACAAACCUUGAGUGUGCUUUGGGAACCAAAUGGACUUUAUGGGACAAGCUAAGCAAGCUACCUGAACAAUACGCCAUGUUUGUGAAGAGUGGGGUGGGUGGCAGGGGAGCCGGCACCGUCGGCUUCGUGCAUUGGGGUGAGGGCUAGCCAUAGUAUUCUUUGCAGAUGUGAGAAAGAGACGUUAUAUAUUCUCAUGCUUGGUGUAACUAAUCACUGUUAAUUUCAGGAAACAGAAGUCACUAAAGCUCCUUAGCAAACCAGAUCUGCGUCCUGUCCUGAUUUGCUGAGUGAGGUUGUGCAAAUGGUCAAAUUGGUACUCGAGGAGGAGCAAGAAGAAAGUGUCCUCUCUCCUCCAAAAUACAGGACAAAUUAUAAUAAUAUAAGUAGCGAGAAUAAAAGAAUUCUGUUUCCUGGAAUAAGCAUUUUUAUUCCUAGUUGUAAGGACCCCUAUUUUUACCUUCUCUUACAGUGUUGAUUCAUAAGAAAUAAUGUUACAUUUACAAAAACUUCAUCUAUAUGGGGUAUUUAUUUGCAAUGAUGUCUUGAGUACUGUAUUUUUUCUGUGCAUUACCUUAGUGUCAGAAUGUUGUCUUUAUUUUAAGAUCAUAUGCAUGUUCUUCUGCCAAGGAACCUUUACACAGACCCAGACAAACAAAAAUGCCUUCAGAUUGUGAGAAAAUGAGGCACAGCAUGGAAAAGGAAUAGGAAGGAGAAAUCAGUCACAGCUUGGGACACAGACAUAUGGCAUAAAUGUCUAUAAAGCCAGUGCGCAUAGGAACAGUGGGCCUGGGUAAAGGGUCGUGUUGGUAGGACCAGUAAAUAAAGAAUAAUAAAAAGACAAA